UUUUUGUUGUGCUCCAAUGGUGCCGAGCUGUGAAAAUUUAAGUCCCUAAUUUUAUUAUUCAAAAUAUGUUUCAGUGAUGCACUUCUGAAAUUUCCUUAAGUGACAAAAAUUUAUGCAGCAAUCUGCCAUUACCGGCCACUAUUUGAAUUUUAUCAGAUUGAGUGGCUCUUGAAGAAGAUUAAUCAAAAAUGUCUCGUCACCGAAAUGUUCGAACUAUGAACUACGAUGAUGAAUAUGAUGACGACGAUGACUACCAGUAUGGCCAUUCGGUGGAAGACGAUUGUAUAUCCCCAACAGAUGCCUCACAGUGGCUUUACGACCGGGCCAAGGGUCAGCAAAGUAUGUCCGCGUUUCUGGCCAACAACCGAGAUAUUGAAGAGGAAAACGAUGACGAGUUGGAGGCGGAACGUACCAACUCCAAGAGUCUCAAUCAAAGAAGGGAUUCAGAGUGCUAUCAACUUCCGGAGUUGAACGAUGAAGACCGCGCCCGGCUAGCAUCCUGUAUGGAUGAGAUUCGCAACAUAGUGGGGGAGGUAGUUUCCGAUCGUCAGCUUGUGGAAGCAAUCAUGAAACACAGCUACGAUUUUAACCUGGCCCUGGACGAGGUGCUUAAUCAGAGCAAAACACCACCAGCGGGUAAAUCUGGCCGGAGUCAGCUUCCUGGAGCAAGCGGGUCGAAAGGUUCAUCAGAUCAGACGCCACCACUGGAAAAAGGUAUAGGCGAUCGACUGCUUGAAAAGGCAGACAAAUUGCAGGCCCAAAAUUUCCCACUGGUGACGGCCAAGAGUUCUAUAUCAACUGACACAGCCAAACCGUCGAUCCUAGUAACUCCGGCCAGCCGGAAAGCACCGGUCACGAUGGGAUUCGAUAUCAGCAGCCCCCGUGUUCAAUCUCCUACGGUCUCGGGCCGUAACACUCCGGAGAUUAGCGAUGAAGUCAGACAACAGCAUCAACAAGGACAGCUAUUCACCCCCAAACAACUACCUCGUGAACCACAACGAAAUGCUCAGGAGCUGUUCCAGAAGGAGCGUGGCUCGAGCAAGCAUCACAUCCACAUGGUCGUCAUCGGUCAUGUAGACGCUGGUAAGAGUACCCUCAUGGGUCAUUUGCUGUGCGACACAGGAAACAUUUCUCAGAGGAUCAUGCACAAGAACGAACAGGAAAGUAAGAAACUCGGCAAGCAGAGUUUCAUGUAUGCUUGGGUUCUGGACGAAACUGGCGAAGAACGAGAACGAGGCAUUACCAUGGACGUUGGAUCGUCGCGAUUCGAAACUCCCAGUAAACAGAUAACCCUAUUGGAUGCCCCUGGACAUAAGGACUUCAUUCCGAACAUGAUCUCUGGCGCAAACCAGGCCGAUGUGGCUUUAUUGGUGGUUGAUGCGACCAGAGGAGAGUUUGAAACUGGAUUCGAACAAGGCGGCCAAACACGCGAACAUGCUCUACUGGUUCGAUCGCUGGGUGUCAAUCAGUUGGGUGUCGUUGUCAAUAAGCUGGACACGGUUAAUUGGUCUAAGGAUCGAUUUGAUGAAAUUGUUGGGAAGUUGAGAUCAUUCCUGAAGCAGGCUGGCUUCAAGGAUUCUGACGUGGUGUAUGUUCCUUGUUCUGGACUCACCGGGCAAAACCUGGUGAAGGAUCCUACUGAUUCCGAAUUGCUCAAAUGGUACAAAGGACCCACCUUGCUGCAAGUGAUCGAUUCUUUCAAAAUUCCUGAACGCUCUAUCGAUAAACCAUUCAGAAUGUCAGUUUCGGACAUUUUCAAGGGUACCGGUUCUGGGUUCUGCAUAUCCGGACGUAUCGAAUCUGGAGUGGUUUGCGUCAAUGACAGAGUGCUCGUGUGUCCCAGCAAGGAACAAGCUGUGGUGAAAACUAUAUCUAUGGAUGAAGUGCAAUACUCGACCUGUUUCGCUGGCGAUCAGGUUUCAAUAACUCUGGCGAAUGUAGAUACGGCUAACAUGGCCGUAGGAUACAUUCUCAGUGACAUCUACCAUCCGAUUCCACUGGCAACAAGAAUUCGUGCACGAAUCGUGGUGUUCAACGUGAAAGUUCCGAUCACCAUGGGUUACCCGGUGCUGCUCCAUCAUCAAUCGUUGAUUGAACCGGCAACGAUCUGUAAACUUAAAGCUCAGCUACACAAAGGAACUGGUGAAGUCAUCAAGAAGAAUCCUCGUUGUCUGGGUAACAAUUCAUGUGCCCUGGUCGAUAUCGAGUUUCAGCGGCCCAUUUGCAUGGAACGGUACGCUGAUUUCAAAGAGCUCGGGAGGAUCAUGUUGCGGGUAAGUGGGGUGACCAUAGCAGCUGGAUUGGUGACUGACAUUGUCAAAUAGGUCAAUCAAUAUUUCCAGGAAAGUUUGGCUUCACAAUGUUUUAAAGUUCGACUGUUUACAAUAAAACAAAAACUCAUACA